AUGUUUCUGAAAGCAGUCAAAGAAGCCGGUGAAGCAACCCGGUUACCAACAGCCAGUCAAAUAGCCGGUUAUGGUGGUGGGAUGUCAGCAUCAGCGUCAUCCUGGUAUGCUGGCGGAUCAACAGCGCCACUGUCGCCUCAGCUUGAUCGGAGUGGUGGGCAGAAACAACUGGAUGACAGCGCUAUGGACGAGGAAGAGACAAUCGAAAUCGAUGUUUAUGAUGAUAUUGGUGAUACUUUAUUUGUGAUGCCAGACGAGGCAGAUAAAAAAACUGGUAACACUCGCUCGAUUGUAAAGACAAUGGAAGAAUGUAGUGAAGAUCAACUCGAAAUUGACAAAAAACGUGCAAAAUUGCAAAAAACUGGUCCUACGGAUGAGCGUAGACUUUAUGUAACUUUGAAAGGUGACUCAAACACUGGAUUGGCUAAGCGGAUGACAAAAUUCAGUGAAGGAAAUGCGGGAUUUACUAAACAAAAACCCGAAAGGCGCCGGAAUGAGGCUAAUCCAAUUCUGGCGCAUUUAAAUCUGCCGUGUCCGAGACAUGCUGAGCGACAGUCGGCUGUAGAUAAAAACACUGGUAAUGCGGAAAGCGGCGAUGUCCUUAUGAUCUCAUCGACUGCAGGGGCUAAUGCUGAUGCCAAGGAGUUACCGCGUUGGGGUUUGCAAAUUCAGCUACCAGAAGAAGACACGACUGACGAAGAUGAUAGUGAUGAAGCACGCAUUGAUGCGGUUCUUGCGAGCGCUCAAACAGGCCAAGAUUUUGACGAAGUAAUUCUUAAAGUUGGAUUCUGUUGGCAUUAG